AUGUUGCUUACGAGCCGUCUGAUUGCUGCUCUUGCUCUCGCACAAAUAGCCAUUGCUUCUCUGCAGAUUGUUCCUGGAGCUACAUGGACUGCCAGUGGUACUAACCAGCAUGUCCAAGCGCACGGUGGAGGAAUCAUCGAAAUCGACUCGACUUACUACUGGAUCGGUGAAAACAAGCUCAACGGGAGUGCGUUUCAGUCUAUCAACUGUUACUCCAGCAAGAAUCUCGUGGAAUGGACAUAUGUAGGGGAACUCCUCUCUCGGCAGAGUAGUGGUGAUCUCGGGCCCAACCGGGUUGUGGAGCGGCCCAAGGUCAUUUACAACGAGGCCACGCGCAGAUACGUGAUGUGGAUGCAUAUCGAUGACAGUUCCUAUGCCGAGGCUAAGACUGGAGUUGCGACUUCGUCAAGUGUUUGUGGGACGUACACUUACCUAGGCUCGUUCCGGCCCCUAGGAUACCAGUCGCGCGACAUGGGCUUAUUCAAGGACGACGACGGGUCGGCGUAUCUGCUCACUGAGGAUCGUCCAAAUGGACUGAGGAUUAACAGAUUGACCAACGACUAUACGAAUGUGACUUCUACUACGCACCUCUUUCCGGAGCAUAUCGAGGCUCCUGCCAUGUAUAAAAAGAACGGAGUGUACUUUUUGUUUGGUUCACAGAUGGUGUAUGUGCCCAUUGUGUCGUUCUACAUAGCUCUACUGACCCUGAUCUAUAGCCACCAACGACAACAAGUAUACCACUUCUACAAACCUCAACGGCACCUGGAGCUCUUGGGCAAACUUCGCGUCCACAGGAUCAAACACUUUCAAUUCCCAGACAACCUUCAUCCUUGGAGUUGGCAACUCAGUAAUGUGAUACCUCCCUUCCAGCAAAUAUUGUAUGAGUCUAACCCUAUCAGGUACAUGGGUGACCGUUGGAUAUCAACCAACCUCAUGGCAUCAACAUACAUCUGGCUGCCUCUGACCCUGGACGGAACCACCGCCACACUGAAAAACGAAAUAAAUUGGAUCCUCCCCCUACAGGGAUCCUGGACCGUCGGUCCCGCCGAAACCACCCCCGAAGCCGAAUCCUCCACCAGCGUUCUCUCCAACGGCGCCAAAGUCCUCUCCUGCAGCGGGUGCUCCGGCAGCAAAUCCGUCGGCUGGAUUGGCGGGCCGUCGGACGGGACGCUGCAGAUCGUAGGCGUUGAGAGUAGUGCGUCCACCACGAGCACUAUCCGCGUGAAGUACGAGAACGGCGAUUCCAGCCAGCGGUAUGCAACUGUCAGCGUGAAUGGGAAGGCGCAGGUUCUGGCGUUUCUGCCCUCGGGGGGUGGGAAUACGCCUGCGUCUUCGACGUUGCAUGUUGAGCUUGAGAGUGGGAGUGCGAAUACCGUUACCUUUAGUGGGUAUGGGGAUGGCUAUGGACCGGAUAUCGAUCGACUGAUGGUUCCCGAUACGUAG